CUUAACGUCACGUGAAUUUGGGUAGGCUUCUGUGCUGUUUGGCAAUCGGCAUUCCUCCUCCUCUCUAUUAGUCUCCUGCUAAACACAUAACACUCUCGGAGAGAACACAAUGACAUAUCGGAGUUCGAGACACGGUGAAGACAGCCGACGGUCACCGGACUACUGAUGGGAAAACUAUUUUUUCGCACAAAAUUAACCGUUUACCUCAAGCAUAAACUUUCAAACAACAGGAAAACUUUGCCUUAUUAUAUUGAAACUCCAGGACACAGGCACCAUGGCGAGGUUUUACAGGGAAACCACGAAUCAAUAGAAAGGGUUAUUGCAGUUCUCUUCUGGGUUGGACCAGUUGGGUCAGACGAGAGACUCCUCAGUGACAAAGAAAAGACGAGUGAUUGACGCACCAUGGAGGGCGGGAACGAUGUGGAUCUGUCCAACAGUAACAUCACCCCGCUGUGGAAGAGGCGCUCAGCCAACCACACUGGCCCCAGCAAGCUAAAGGCCCGGCCCCUCAGCUACCAGAUAGACGGAGUCCACAUGACUGACUUCCCCGUAGAGGACAACAAGUGCAGCUUUACCUUGAGCCAGCCUGCAGAGCGACUGGUGGCCACGCCGGGAGGAGGGACGGUCAUUCUGAAGCACGUUCUCAACCAACCCACCAAGAAAACACGGGUAGUCAGGAGUAUAAGUAUUGGACAUCUGUCCAAAGGACGUUUCUCUCUGUCCAAGUUCAAAUCGGAGGAUGAUAAGUCACUGUCGUUGAACAGUAAGGCAUGUCACGGUGGGAGUGUUGAUAAUGUGUGGUCAGACAAGCCUCUGCUGGACACCCAGAAUCGACUAUCCAGCCCGUUCACCCUCACCACUCACAGGGACCAGAUAGUGUUUGGGACGAGCCCUUCACCACCGGACUCUGCCUCCUCAAAACACCACUCUCCCCCUGCCUCCCCCAAUAAGCACCACCACCAUAACCUGACCUCCCCUUCUUCCUACCACCCCUUAACUCCUGUCCCCUCUCCCUGUAACCCCAGCCCCUCUCCCCCUAACCCCAGCCCUCCACCCAACCCCAGCCCCAGCCACUCCACCCCUAGUCUCCACACCCCUACCCCAUCCCACAGCUCCACCUCCAGUAUCAACUCCCUCUCUUCCCUCAUCUCCACCCCUUCUGACCUCCCCACACCCCACAGCCCCUCCUCUGCUGACAUGUCUGCCCCCUCUCCUUCCCCCUCUCAUUCCCCCACUCCCACCCUCUCUCCCUCCAUCUCCCUAUCUCCUCCUCCCUCCAUUGUCCUCAGCACCCACAGUGCAGCUGCCCUGAAGAAGGGCACACAGCAGCUGAUCCCCAAAGGGCUGGCGUCCCUGAGCAAGGCCUCUCCUGCUGGGGUACAGAGCCACGGCAUGGGGGGUCUGCUGGGCCUGGAUCCUACCAAGCGGGCCCUGCGAGCCCUCAGCAUGGUGGAGACUGGAUCCUUCUUCUCCACUGGCGUAGGGUCCGGGGGAGGGGGGACAGACCAGGAUGAGAGCACUGGGACUCUGAAGAGAGGGUUGAGGUCUACCUCGUACAGGAGAGCAGUGGUAAGUGGAGUGGAAAUGGAAAUACCAUCUGAUGACCUCAAGACCCAUCGUCUGUCCCAACCUGUAGACCCAAAGACCCAUCGUCUGUCCCAACCUGUAGACCCAAAGAGCCAUCGUCUGUCCCAACCUGUAGACCCAAAGAGCCAUCGUUUGUCCCAACCUGUACUCCGAGGACUACAGGAGGUCAAGGAGAGACCGACCAGCCCUGGGAAGAAGAACAAGAGUCCUGAUAAGAAGCCAGGACUGAUCACACAGAGGACAUUUGACAGUGAAGAGGAGGAACUGUAUCAGAACUACCAGGAGAAAGCUCUUCACAAUGACUCUGAUGAGGACCAGUCCAGAGAGGCCAAACCUGAUGACCGCAUCGUGAUGCAGUACAGACCCAUACGCACCUCCUGGAGCCAACUCAGUGUGGUAAAGAAGAGUGGCGUUUCUGAUAAACUCAGCCAGGAGGAGCGGAAAAGACAAGAGGCCAUAUUUGAGUUGAUAUCGUCAGAACACUCCUACCUCCACAGUCUGGAGGUUCUGAUCCGGAUGUUUCAGAACUCAGCAGAGCUCAGUGACACCAUGACCAAGACCGAGCACCACCACCUCUUCUCCAACAUCACAGACGUGUGUGAGGCCAGCAAGAAGUUCUUUAAAGAGUUAGAGGAUAUACAUCAGCAGAACAUUGUUAUAGAUGACAUCAGUGACGUCGUGUUCAGACACGCCCAGUCCAACUUUGACCCCUACAUCACCUACUGCUCCAAUGAGGUUUAUCAGCAGAGGACCCUACAGAGGCUAGUAAGUAGUAAGAGUCCAGUGUUUAAGGAGGUGUUGACUCGUAUUGAGGGCCACCCAGACUGCAGGAACCUCCCAAUGAUCUCCUUCCUGAUCCUACCGAUGCAGAGAGUCACACGCCUGCCUCUGCUGAUGGACGUCAUUUGUCAGAAGGCUCCUAAGGACUCUGCCCAGUAUGAGACCUGUAAGAAAGCCCUCCAAUCAGUUAGCAAGGUGGUGCGUCAGUGUAACGAAGGGGCCCGUACGAUGGAGAGAACAGAGAUGAUGUACACCAUCAACUCCCAACUGGAGUUUAAAAUCAAGCCCUUCCCACUGGUGUCGUCCUCUAGGUGGAUGGUGAAGAGAGGGGAGCUCACAGCCUUCGUGGAGGAGAACGGCAUCUUCUCCAAGAAGACGUCACGGCAGCAGGUCUACUUCUUCCUCUUCAACGACGUCCUCAUCCUCACCAGGAAGAAGAGUGAGGACAGCUACACAGUGAUAGACUAUGCUCUGAGGGGCCAAAUUUGGGUGGGACCCUGCCAGGCCGAGGAUGUCAACCUAUCACCCGUCAGAAGCACCGCUGGAAUGCUGACAUCACGGCAGCCUGGGGCCAGCCACCUCUUCCGCCUGCGUUUCCGUAGCAACCACUCCGGAGACAAGGUGCCCAUGGUCCUGGGGGUGGAGCGAAUGAAUGAGCGUGCUCGCUGGAUCAGUGCUCUGGGCCAGAGCAGCAAUGACGAGAAGAACCAAGACCGAACCAAUGCCAUGCAGGUGGAGGUGACGAGGACGUACACAGCCAAGCAGCCUGAUGAGCUGUCACUGCAGGUGGCUGACGUGGUCCUGGUGUCACAGACUGUGGAGGAUGGCUGGUAUGAGGGUGAGCGACUCCGUGAUGGCGAGAGGGGUUGGUUCCUGUCAGCAUGUGCUGAACCAAUCAUGUGCCAGGCCACUAUUGAGCGCAACGUGCAGAGGAUGGACCGCCUCCAGGGGCUGGAAACCAAUGUGUGAGCUGGAACUGCAGGCUCCACCCACUAAAUACACCAGUGACCUGCCUUCAAUCAGACACACCAAUGAGUGAGCUGGAACUGCAGGCUCCACCCACUAAAUACACCAGUGACCUGCCUUCAAUCAGACACACCAAUGAGCGAGCUUUAUGCCAGCAACAGCCCUCCACUGAACACACCAAUAGAAAGUCUCCUUGGUCAACAGAGCAAUGUGUGAGAUCUUUCUGCCAGCGACUGAAUACACCAAUGAGCCGCCUUCAAGCACUAUCAACCAAUGAGAGUGCUGACUGCCACUUAAUGCACCAAUAGAAUCUCUCUGUGGUCAACAGACACAGGUAUGCCAGCUGACUGCAUCUAUUAGAAUGGGUUUGGGGUCCAGAGAUUGUUACCCAUGCAGUGUAACAUUCUCCAUCUUCUACCAAUCUCUAUGGUAAGGAAGUUUGACCCUAUGACCUGUCAACACCACUUUGACUCCUCCCACUGAUGGAAGACUGUCCAACCACUGCCCGUGUGACUGCUUUUUGGCCCCGAAGGACAUCCCACUUGGACACACGCGCACACAGAACGUGCUGGGGUCAAAGUUUAAAACUGCCACGUGGAUUGGUCAACCUAUAAUAACAGUAGAUUACAACUAAUAUAACAUGUAUUCAUUUAAUUUCCUUCUGAAAGACUCCCCAGGAAUGAAGCUUACUUUCUGUACUACAUAACUAAGAUUUAUAUUAGUAUAUUUUCUGUCAUGCUUUUUAAAGUGCCAGGUUGUUGUGAUGGGACAGGUCAGUUUCACUUCUGCUCUGUGGUCAGGUUAUAGUGUGUGAUGAGACUGUUGGGGAAGAGGCUCAUUGUAGACACACAAAUGACACUUUACGUUAGACUUGUCUGUGUGUGGCUAGGAGGCCUUUUGUAAUGUAACUGAAUGUGACGACGGUCCAAAAUGGCCAAAUAAAUGGAUCAUUUCUAGACUAAAACUGGAAAAAGCCAAGGUUUCAACAUGAUCGUCCGGACGUGAUUCAUCUGUUAAGUGUGUAAUGUUGUCUUACAUUGCUAAGGGAAACAAAGAAUGGCCUGAUCAGCUUCCUGCUGCAACACCGUUCAUCAAACCAGACCACUACUCUACAUCUGGUCUGACCCAGACCACUACUCUACAUCUGGUCUGACCCAGACCACUACUCUACAUCUGGUCUGACCCAGACAAAAAAAAAGUUUAAUUUGCACUCAGGGAUAAACUGUGAUGACACACAUUU